CCGUAGUUGUUAGGUAUACAGUGUUACGCGUACUGUGCCUCAUCUAGUUAAUGUGUUAUUGGAAAUGCUUAAACGAUUAUACAAGAAAUUCGUGAAUUGACAUAGCCAGCUGUUUGUUAUUUUCCUGACAAAUCCCUUAUUGCUCGCUACUAACGUGUGUAUGUGGCGAGCGGUCGAGGUGACAUUGUCAAACUGUUGUUAGCUAACGUUGCUUCAGAAACGUAACUAAGUUAAAGUAAAAUCUGUCGAACGGCACAAUGUUGGCAAUGUUGUGGAGAGUUAAAAGCCUUCGGCUGCUCUCUCCAGACAUACUUUUAGGAUAUAUGUUAGGACAAGAGGUUAGCAGAAACUGUUUGAGCUUGUUCAGUCACAGUUCUCCGAGACCAGCAGCGUGGAAACAGAAAGUCAGCGGUGUCAGAGAUGUCAGCACCUCCUGCACGCUGUGCGCUAAAGUCCGAGGAAGCCCUAAGAAGAGAGAGCUGUCAGAAAAGAAGCUGACAUGCCACUUUGUAGACCAUCGGCGUGUGAAGCUGGUGGCUGGGUCAGGCGGUAAAGGGGCCUGCAGCUUUCACAGUGAGCCCCGGAAAGAGUGGGGCGGACCGGAUGGUGGCAAUGGGGGUGAUGGAGGAAACAUCAUUAUCAAGGCUGACCGCUUUGUCAAAUCAUUGGCGCAAGUAGUUCCGGUUUAUAAAGGAGAGGAUGGGAAAUCAGGGGGCAAUAAGAAUUGUUACGGCAGGAAUGGCAGCCCAACCUAUAUUUGUGUACCGUUAGGCACUUUGGUGAAGGAACAAGGAACGACAGUAGUGGACCUUUCUGAGCAUGGUCAGGAGUACCUGGCUGUAUUUGGAGGGGCUGGUGGGAAGGGGAAUCGAUUCUUUCUGACUAAUGAGAAUCGUGCCCCAAUGACAGCAACCCCAGGAAUUGAGGGCCAAGAGAGGGUCCUUCAGCUAGAACUCCGCACAAUGGCUCAUGCAGGACUGGUGGGGUUUCCUAAUGCUGGGAAGUCAUCAUUGUUGAGAGCCAUCUCCAAUGCCAGGCCUGCUGUGGCUGCUUACCCUUUUACAACACUCAACCCACAUGUAGGAAUUGUCAAGUACAGGGAUCAUGAACAAGUUGCAGUGGCUGACAUCCCAGGCAUCAUUCGAGGGGCCCAUCUAAAUCGAGGUCUGGGCAUCUCUUUUCUGCGUCACAUAGAGCGGUGUCGUUUCCUCCUCUUUGUUCUGGACCUGUCGACACCAGAGCCUUGGAACCAGCUCCAGCACUUGCAUUAUGAACUGGAUCAGUAUGAGCCUGGUCUGUCUCAGCGGCCUCAGGCCAUCAUAGCAAAUAAAAUGGAUCUUCUUGAGGCCUCGGAGAAGCUGGAGACUCUAAGGAGCCUCGUCACCCAGCGGGUCAUCCCCGUGUCGGCUCUCACAGGACAGAACACAGAGGAGCUCAUCCUCCACCUCAGAGAGCUGUAUGAUGGCUACCUCCAAGGAGAAGGUUGUGGGGAAGGCAAACCCACUAGGUGGUAGCAGAAACUAUUUUCUCUUACUCUACUGAUAUUUCCAUGAUCCAUACUGAUACCAAAGAUUUACAGUGUAUUUAAAUUGCUUAAUAAAUAUAUAAAAAAACAA